CAACAGCUCUCUCUCUCUCUCUCUCUCUCUGUGCCUGCGAUGGCAUUGGCUCUCACCGACUACGAGCGAAGGAGGUUGGAGAACAUAAAGCGCAAUGAUCAGAUGAUGGCCUCUCUCAAACUCCAUCAAAAAUCCAAUCAGCUCUCUUCUGCUCCCAAACGCCAAAGGAUCGAAAUCAAAGGGUACGAAACUACCCCAGAAAAGAAACCCAAGACCAAAUCCCCCAUCGUCAUCCGCCGCUCCCUCCGGUCCCGUGGCAUCCCACCUGAUGCCUCGACUGCAAGCGGCGUUGAAGAUGACCUUGCCGCCUCCCCUCAAAAACCCACCAACUCAUCUUCUCAUCUUGACCCUUUGAUCCGGAAAUUGGGACGGCUCCCUAUGCAACAAGCCUACAGCGGCCGUGUGUCCUCCAAUCGCCAGCUUAUUGAUACGAUCAUGGACAUGUCGGAGAACGUGCCAUUGACUCGCUCGAAGAAGAGUGUAGCUGUUGAUUGCUUUGAUUUGGGGUCGUUGGUUUUGAAACCAGACAACAUCGCUCGGAUGCUGCCUGCACGGAUACUCAGUGUGGCGUUCUUUCCAUCUGAGGAACGGACAAUGGUUGUUGUAGGUGACAAGCUCGGUAAUGUUGGGUUUUGGGAUGUGGAUUGUGAGGAAGAGAGAGGAAAUGGGGUUUAUCUCUACAGCCCACAUUCGGCUCCUAUUUCAGGGAUUUCAGUUGAACCAAUCCUGUCAAAGAUUUCCACCAGCAGCUAUGAUGGAUACAUUCGUUUGAUGGAUGUUGGAAAAGAGACUUUCAAUAUGGUUUAUUCUAGCGAUGAUGCUAUUUUCUCUCUUUCCCAACGACCCCAUGAUGUCAAAUCCUUGUAUUUUGGUGUGGGUAAAGGGAAGUUGAAGUUAUGGGAUGAGCGAGCAGGAAAGAUCUCAAGCAUAUAUAAUUUGCAUGAUCAGAGGAUCAACUCCAUAGAUUUCAAUACUGAGAACACCAAUCUGAUGGCCACAAGUUCAACGGAUGCCACGGCCUGCAUAUGGGAUUUGAGAAGUGCCAGUGGUGCCCAUCGAUUGAAAUGCCUAAAGAGAGUUAAUCAUCGAAAGGCUGUCCAUUCUGCUUAUUUCUCACCCAGUGGAAGUUGUCUUGCAACAACAAGUUAUGACAACAAUGUUGGUUUACUGAGUGGUGUUGAGUUUGAAGAUAUGACUAUGAUUCCCCAUUACAAUCAGACUAGUAAAUGGAUUUCUACCUUCAGAGCAAUAUGGGGAUGGGAUGAUUCGAAUCUCUUUGUGGGUAAUACUAAAAGGGAAGUGGAUGUCAUAUCCACAGUCAACAAGACAACGACGUCUCUAGAAAGCCCGUACAUGACUGCAAUUCCAUGCCGGUUUGCUGCACAUCCGUUUAAGGUUGGGACUUUGGCUGGCGCCACUGGUGGGGGCCAGGUGUAUGUGUGGACGACAAGGUAAGAAAAGCAGAAAUGAAAAGUUCUUAGGAUGUCAAGCCUCAACAUGUAAACACCAAUCUGUUUCAUGGUGCACUAAUCCAAGAAACAUUAGGUGGUUUUCCUAUGUAAAUUUUGCAGAAAUGCAUCAAAUAAUGAUGAGUGUAAAUGCUAUGAACUGGGUAUUUUCUUGCUGAUUAAGGAAUUGGUUUUGGAAGGCAAACAAUGGUUUACCGAAUACUGUUUGGCAAA